GUGACCAUGGCCUUGCUGGGGAAGCACUGUGACAUCCCCACCAACGGCUGCGGGUCUGAGCGCUGGAACUCCACCUUCACACGCAAAGACGAGCUCAUCAACAGCCUGGUGUCCGCCUUAGAUUCCAUGUGCUCGGCGCUCUCCAAGCUGAACACGGAGGUGGCCUGUGUGGCGGUGCACAAUGAGAGCGUCUUCGUGAUGGGCACCGAGAAGGGACGGAUGUUUCUGAACACCCGGAAGGAGCUACAGUCAGACUUCCUCAGGUUCUGCCGUGGACCCCUAUGGAAGGAUCCAGAAGCAGGACACCCUAAAAAGGUGCAACGCUGUGAGGGUGGUGGCCGGAGCAUCCCGCGGUCCUCGCUGGAGCAGUGCUCGGAUGUAUACCUGCUGCAGAAGAUGGUAGAGGAAGUGUUUGAUGUUCUUUAUAGUGAGGCUAUGGGCAGGGCCAGCGUGGUACCUUUGCCCUAUGAGAGGCUGCUCAGGGAGCCGGGGCUACUGGCUGUACAGGGACUGCCCGAGGGCCUGGCCUUCCGGAGGCCAUCAGAGUAUGACCCCAAGGCGCUCAUGGCCAUUUUGGAGCACAGCCACCGAAUACGUUUUAAGCUCAGGAGGCCUCCUGAUGAUGGUGGGCGGGACUCAAAGGCGCUGGUGGAGAUGAACGGUAUCUCCCUGCUACCCAAGGGGUCCCGAGACUGCGGUCUGCAUGGCCAGGCCUCCAAGGUCACUCCCCAGGACCUGCCCCCCACCGCCACCCCAUCCUCCAUGGCCAACUUCCUGUACAGCACUUCGAUGCCCAACCACACCAUCCGGGAACUCAAGCAGGAGGCGCCCACCUGCCCGUUGACCCCCAGCGACCUGGGCUUGGGCUGGCCUGUGCCUGAGCCCCAGGUCCCCAGUGCCCAAGAUUUCUCCGACUGCUGUGGACAGAAGCCCGCAGGACCUGCUGGGCCUCUCAUCCAGAAUGUCCAUGCUUCCAAGCGCAUCCUCUUCUCCAUUGUCCAUGACAAGUCAGAGAAGUGGGACGUCUUCAUCAAGGAGAUGGAGGACAUCAACACACUGCGGGAGUGCGUGCAGAUCCUGUUUAACAGCAGAUACGCGGAAGCCCUGGGCCUGGACCACAUGGUCCCUGUUCCCUAUAGGAAGAUUGCCUGUGACCCUGAGGCUGUGGAAAUUGUGGGCAUCCCGGACAAGAUCCCCUUCAAGCGGCCUUGUACUUAUGGGGUGCCCAAGCUGAAGCGGAUUCUGGAGGAGCGGCACAGCAUUCACUUCAUAAUCAAGAGGAUGUUUGAUGAACGCAUUUUCACAGGGAACAAGUUUACCAAAGACCCCGUGAAGCUGGAGCCAGCCAGCCCACCAGAAGAUACUUCCACAGAGGUCUGUAGGGACGCUAUGCUGGACCUGGCUGGGACUGCUUGGUCAGACAAGAGCAGCGUCUCUGAAGACUGUGGGCCAGGAACCUCAGGAGAGUUAGGAAUGUUGAGGCCCAUCAAAAUUGAGCCAGAGGAGCUGGACAUCAUUCAGGUUACUGUCCCAGACCCUUCACCAACUUCGGAGGAGGAGAUGACCGACUCACUUCCUGGGCAUCUGCCCUCGGAGGAUUCCGGUUAUGGGAUGGAAAUGCCGGCUGAUAACCUAAAGGUGUGCUCCAUAUCAAACCCAAGACCGUGCACGUCCCCGGGAAGCACUCUCCAGCUGAGCUCCAUCCCCAGCCCUGUGUGUAUGUACAAAGGCCCCAGUGAGGAGCCAUGGCCAGAAGAGAGGCCGGCAGAAGAAAGCCCUGGUGAUGUGAUCCGGCCCUUGCGGAAGCAGGUGGAGAUGCUGUUCAACACGAAAUAUGCCAAAGCCAUUGGUACCUCGGAACCAGUCAAGGUGCCCUACUCCAAGUUCCUGAUGCACCCUGAGGAGCUGUUCGUCCUGGGACUGCCCGAAGGCAUCUCUCUUCGCAGACCCAACUGCUUUGGGAUCGCCAAGCUUCGGAAGAUUCUGGAAGCUAGCAACAACAUCCAGUUUGUCAUCAAGAGACCCGAACUGCUCACCGAUGGUGUCAAAGAGCCUGUUAUGGAUACUCAAGGCAUUUCCCCACUGCCCCUGUUGGGUUUGCCCCCUCGAUGCCACCUGAGACCCCAGGUGCUCCCUCCUCACCUGCCUUCUCUCCCCACCCCACCCCCAGAGAGGGACUCCUGGGACCGUCUUGUGGACGAGACCCCGAAGAGGCAGGGCCUUCAAGAAAAUUACGACACCAGGCUCUCGCGGAUCGACAUCGCUAACACGCUUAGGGAACAAGUCCAAGAUCUGUUUAACAAGAAAUACGGUGAAGCCUUGGGCAUCAAAUACCCAGUGCAGGUACCCUACAAACGAAUCAAAAGCAAUCCGGGCUCAGUCAUCAUCGAGGGCCUGCCUCCCGGGAUCCCAUUCCGCAAACCCUGCACCUUUGGCUCCCAGAACCUGGAAAGGAUCCUCUCUGUGGCUGACAAGAUCAAAUUCACAGUCACCAGGCCGUUCCAAGGACUCAUCCCAAAGCCUGACGAGGAUGACGCCAACAGGCUCGGGGAGAAGGUGAUCCUCCGAGAGCAGGUGAAGGAGCUCUUCAAUGAGAAAUACGGGGAGGCCCUGGGACUGAAUCGGCCUGUGUUGGUCCCUUACAAACUGAUCCGGGACAGCCCAGAUGCCGUGGAGGUGAAAGGCCUCCCGGAUGACAUCCCCUUCCGGAACCCCAACACCUACGACAUCCAUCGGCUGGAGAAGAUCCUGAAGGCCAGGGAGCAUGUGCGGAUGGUUAUCAUCAACCAGCUCCAACCUUUUGCAGAAGUCUGCAAUGAUGCCAAGGGGCCAGGGAGUUCAGGAGGCCGACACAGAAUGGCCCCCAGCAUCCGGCCUCAGCAACUGUUUCUUCCACCAGCCAAAGACAUUCCCAAGCGCAAGAGAAAGCGGGUCUCGGAAGGCAACUCGGUCUCCUCCUCUUCCUCUUCUUCAUCCUCGUCCUCUAACCCAGAGUCUGUGGCAUCCACCAACCAGAUCUCCCUCGUGCAGUGGCCAGUGUACAUGGUGGACUAUUCCGGACUAAACGCGCACCUUCCAGGUCCCCUUGAUUAUUAAACCUCAGAGCCGAAUCAGGACCUCAACUCAGAAAGACUAAAGGAAAUGUAAUUUAUGUACAAAGUAUAUUCGAAUAUGUAUCGAUGCCUUUUAGUUUUUCCAAUGAUUUUUACACUAUAUUCCUGCCGCCAAGGCCUUUUUAAAUAAGUAAAAAAAAGAAAAAAGAAAAAAAAAGUGUUACCUUUAUUUUACUUUAUUUUUCUGGCUAUACGUACGCUUUUGGUGGUGUGGCCCCAGCAGCCACCCAGGGACCGAGUCAGACAAGACACCAAGCAGCUCAGGUGCCCCAUGCCAUACUCUGGAGUCUCGAGUUUCUGAACACUAGAUUGGUGGUGUCCGGGGACAGGACUUAUUUUCUUUACUGCAGCCCCAGGAGGAGCCACAGAGAGCUUGCCCAGCCUCCACAAAGCCAUGGGUUCCACCCCAGCACUGCCCAUCCUGGGUAUGGUGGUGCACACCUGUGACCCCAGCACUCAGGAGGUUCAGGAGUUUCCAUUUGGGGCUGGGGAGAUGGUGCGGUGGGUAAAGUGUACCUUCCUUUGCAAGCAUGACAGCCUGACUUCAGAACCCCAGUAUCUGGGUAAAAAGCUGUGCACGGUGGCGGCGACAUCCUCCUGUAACCCCGGCGAUGGGAGGCUGGAAACGAGGAUCCCUGGAGCUUGCUUUUGCUGGUCCACUAGCCUAACUUAACUGCGUUAGUGAGCUCUGGGUUCAGAGAAGAAGCCUGUCUCCAAAAAUAAGAUGGAAAGGGAUGGAAAGAUGGCUUAGCGGGUGAAAGGUUCAUGCCCUCAAGCCUGACAUCCUGAGUUCAAUCCCAGACCGACUCCUACACAUGACCCUCUGACCUCUGCACAUACGCUGUCAUGUGGGAACACACGUACAUUGAGUGUGAUUUUUAAAUUACAUAUAUGUAUUUAAAUGUAUAACUGAAGUAAUCAAAACCAUAUGUUCUUUUUUGUUGUUACUUUGUUUUGUUUUUGAGACAGGGUUUCUCUACGGAUGUUCCUGGAACUCUCUCUCUGUAGACCAGGCUGGCCUUGAACUCACGGAGAUCCGCCUGCUUCUGCCUCCUUGAGGUCUUCCUGUGGGCGGCUCCCAACGCUGGGGUCACGCUCAGCAUUCGCUGUCACACCCAGCCCUCUUUCUCUUCGAGACGCCAUCAUAAAUCACCAUCCUUUUUACAGAAACUGCCUCUUCCAGUGGAGAUGGCUGGCCCUGUGGUGCACCUAUAACACACACACACACACACACACACACACACACGCUUAGAAGGCUGAGGCAGGAGGAUCUGGAGUUGAGGACCAGACCAAGAGGCACACUCACCUUGAAAGCCUGAUGAGUUGUUCAAUAUGAGACCCUGUCUCAAAUUACGUCGAGUAAAUAUGAUAGCACACACCUGUCGCCCAGCAUUUAGGAAAUGAGACAAGAAGAUCAGUUCAAGGACAUUCUCCUUUACAUAGCAAAUCGGGAGGUCAGCCUGGACGACUACAUAUAAGACCCUUUCUAAAAAAAACAAAACCAAACCAUAAUCUGGGCCUGGUGAACCUCUGAGGCCAGCCUGGUCUACAGAGAGAGUUCCAGGGCAGCCAGGGCUACACAGAGAAACCUUAUGUUGGAAAAAAAAACAAAAACGAAAACCUUAGGGUUGGCGAAACAGUCCAGCCGUUCGGAGUGUACCCUGCUUUUACAGAGAUGCCAGCUUAAUUCCCAGCACCCAUGUCCAGUGGCCCACAGCCGCCGAUACCUUCAGCUCCAGAAGUGAAUGGCCCGUACGUGUCUACACACAUACACAUAAUUUAGAGUAAUAAAAAUAAAUCCCUUUUGGUUUUGUGUCAAGACAGGCUUUCUCUGUGUAACCCUGGCUGGGCUGGAACUAGCUCUGUCUGUAGACCAGGCUGGCCUCAAAC